AAAAUUGCUACAUUUUUUUUAUUACAGGUUAAAACACAUGUCAUUUUCAACCGAGUGGGCAAGUGUGGGAGUAGAUCUGUUCUGAAUUUACUUCAAAGUUUAGCAAGAGACAACCAUUUCUACCUCAUAUCAUCUCUGACUUACAAUGAAAAACGUCUGACAUCAAAAAAUCGGGAGAAACUUGUAUCAAUACUCAGCAGUGUAAAGAGUCCAUUCAUCUACCAGAGACAUCUUCACUUUGUCAACUUUAGACAAUAUGGCAUCCAGCACCCUACCUACAUCAACAUUAUACGAGAUCCACUUGAGAGGGCAGUGUCACAUUACUAUUUCAUCCGGUUUGGCGAUGAGAGAAAGCAAGAACGCAAGUACAGUCAGAAUUCAACUGACCCAAGGAGAUUAAUGAGUUAUGAACAGUGUGUAAUUCAAGAUGAUCCUGAUUGUACUGGGAAGAAAUCCUUUUAUAUUAUUCCAUUCUUCUGUGGCCAUGAUCCUCGGUGUAGGAUUCCAGGGGAAUGGGCUUUGAAGCGAGCCAUUGAAAACGUCAAGAAACAUUAUGUGGCAGUAGGGAUAUUAGAAGAGCUUCAGGAUUCUUUGCAGGUCUUAGAGAAAGUCUUGCCAAACAUGUUCAAAGGAGCCUUAGAUUCAUUCCUAAGAUUUGAACAAAUUGCGCAGAGCAACAAGUCAUCAGUUGGUGUCACUAAAUACAAGCAGAAGCCAUCAGCCAAAACUGCCUUAUAUGUUCGAAAUGUCUUAAUGAAGUAUGAAUAUCAGUUCUACAACUGGAUUAAAGAUCGCUUGCAUCAGCAGAUGACCAAUUUAGGAAUCAAGUCUUAUCGUAAAAGUUAUAGAUGAGAGUAUUAUUAGAUAUGGAGUACUCUUGUUCAUUUGCAAUACUGCCAAUCACUUUUUAAUGUUUUUAAAAAUAUUUUUGUCAAAUGCAUUUUUUUGUCUCACGUGCAUAGCAGAGUGAGACUACAGGCACCGCUUUCCGACGGCGGCGGCGUCAACACCAAAUGUUAACCAAAGGUUAAGUUUUUGAAAUGACAGCAUAACUUACUAAGUAGACGGACCUAGUUCAUGAAUCUUGGCCAUAAGAUUGAUCAAAUAUUACCGAACAUCCUGCCUGAGUUUCAGGUCACAUGACCAAGGUCAAAGGUCAUUUAGGGACAAUGAACUUUGGCCAAAUCGGGGGUGUCUGUUUAAUUACCAUCAUAACUUCAAAAGUUUAUGGAUCUGAUUCAUGAAACUUGGACAUAAUAGUGAUCAAGUAGCACUUAACAUCAUGUGCGAGUUUCAGGUCACAUGACCAAGGUCAAAGGUCAAUGGACUUUGGCCAUGUCGGGGGUAAUUGUUGAAUUACCAUCAUAACUCUGUCAGUGUAUAGGGCUAGUUCUUAAAACUUGGAAAUAAGAGUAAUCAAGUAUCACUGAACAUCCUGUACGAGUUUCAGGUCACAUGACCAAGGUCAAAGGACAUUUAAGGUCAUUGAAUUAAAAUCUUAGAGGUAAUUAUUAGAUUGCGUCAUAACUUUCAAAGUUUAUAGAUACAGUGUAUAAAAUUUGGAUAUAUGGGUUAUCAAGUAUCACUGACAAGUUUUAGGUAAUAUGAUCAAGGUCAAAUGUCAAUGAACGUAGUUUUGUAUCAUUAUAUGAAUAGAGUUUUUUGUGAAUAUUUAUUUUAUAGUAGUUUUCAAAGUCAGCACUGCUGCUAUAUUGAAUCAUGUGAUGCAGGUGAAACUGCCAGAGACUCCACUUGUUAUUUACUAUUAAUUGUAAAUUUAUUGGAUGAAUACGCAUUUGUUUAUAUUGUUUUGGGUUUUUAGGAUGUAUUUUUAGUCAAUGUCCAAUUGCAGAAUGUUUCAACUUUCGGGUUUCUACAUCUAGGGUUAAGUUUAUCUUAAUUUCUUUUCAUCUGUUUGCAUAGUGUAACUUAAGAUUGGAAGAAAUCAUGUAUCAUGGAACUGGUAAAGACUUUACUAACAUGAAUAUCAGUAUGUGGGACUAGAGUGAAAUUUCAGUUCAGAUAAUUGGUAUCUUUAGGACGAGAGUGAAAAAAUAAAAUAUCAUCAUUGGUUUUAACAUAUUUUGUAAAUAUCGUACUAAUAAUUAACAUACACGAAAAUCAAGUUAAAAAAUUAUUUGUCCAGGGGUCAAACUCAAGGUCAAAGUAAAGGUCAAAGGUCAUGACCUCAUAAAUCGCUCCAAUACAUUUUUUGAUGCAUGUUUUGGAUUUCUCGCUGAAUUUUCUUUUGAGUGGCACCAGUUUCGUGAAAAUUGUUCAACAUGUUACGACGCAAUGGCCAUUGAAAUAUGAAGGUCACGCCCAUUUUUGUCAAAACAAGGAGAAAAGGGCGGGCCGUAGCACGAGAACUGAUGGACCGAUUGGACUAAUUUUUUUUUGUUUUGUGCUUGGGCUAUUGGGAAUUUCAUGUGUACCAAAUUACAUCAAAUUCUGAGAGGGUCGGGUACGAAAUUGCACAUUCAUUGGGUGAAUUGGCAUGGCAUGGAAUGACCCUUAACUUUUUCUGUCCCUGGCAUUCCAAUAGUUGAUAUUUCUUAUUUUGUAUUGUUUAUACUGAAAUGUAUUUUUGUAUUUGCCGAAUAAUAAUGAUAAAUAGUGUGGAACUGGGUUGCAAACAAAAAUUUACAUUUAUUUUAAUUAGUAGAGGCCUGCUACUUAUUUUGUAAAUCUCCAUUAUUUAAGAAUUGGAGGCAUUCAUUCAGUUAAUAUUUCUUCUUGAUUGUUCAUUUUUCAUAAGUUGCUUUGCAUUCCCAGGAAGCCCCCCCCCCCCCCACUUAGACCUUUUAUCCUUAGGUAGUUGGUCCUCUGACCAUUUCAUUUGCUCCUAUUAUAUUGGCUAUUAAAUAAUCUAUCAUGGAAUUGAUGUCCCCUUCAAAAGUGGCCUCAGUUCUUGCAUUGCAAUUCUCUUGGGGUAGUUAUGCAUAUUUUCAUUCAUCACUGUGACUAAAAUAUACAUUGAGUAAAUUAAGUAAUGAAAAUGGAUUUUUACUUGUGUAAUUGAACGAUUAUUAAUCAGUUAUCAGUCAUUGCACUGCACUAGAAUUGUUAUACUUGUGCUCAGGGGAUGCUGGAGCCUUGAGUUUUGUUUGGGUUGUCCAUCCAUCUUUCCUGAAUUUGUUCUCUAUGUUCUCUCUUAAUGGAUGGAAUUCGUAUGUGGAUCAUGUAUGCAUAUGAUAUGGGCGUGACAAGGUCAUUAUACACCUUAAAAUGUUUUUUCCUCACAAAAACUCGAGAACCCUUUGACAAAUCAACUUAUACUUAGAUCACUUAUGCCUUUGACUUUGUGACUUGCUAAACUUUUCAGCACUUAUCAUUACCACUCCAAUAUGCAUACAUGACCCAAGUCAAACCAUUCUUGAGUUAUUGUGACCUGGGGGGGUGUUUCACAAAGAUUAAGUAUGGCUUUGAGUCGCACUUAAAUACCAAUUUACAUACGGUAUAAAAGACAUCACCGCAUUGGACAGAUCAUGCUGAGAGAAUGCGCACUACUACGGAUUGAUACAUAAGAUUGAACGUUGCAUAUCAUGUCCACGUCACCAUUUAAGUGCGACUCCAAGUCUUACUUAAAUCUUUUUUUUUCUUAUAUGGAGGUCAAAGGUGCAAGGUCACAGAGGUCAAGAACCUUUUGAUGGAUCAACUUUAUUUGGCUGUUGUAUGAAUAUAGGAAUGACAAUCAUUUGGUUAAUGUUAUGGAUAUGGAGGUCAAAGAAUUCAUGUUUCUUGAAUUCAAUGUUCUAAUGGCCUGAUAACUUGAGAAUGGUUUGACUUGUGUCAUGUUGGAAUGCUGAGAGGUUUCACAGGUCACAAAUUCAAAGGUCAUGUCCAUGUCACAGAGAAAAACCUUGAAACGUGAUAGCUCAUUAACCAUUGAAGAUUAAUAGAGUGUCAAUCUGUUUGCUUUUGGGAACAGAAAUCAAUACAUCUUGACAUUUUAAUUUUCACAAUAAUUCAAAACUUUUUGAAGGAAUUCAAAAAUAGACAUGAAAAAGAACUUAACUUUGUUAUUGCUUUUUGCCCUGAUAAUAAUGCAAUAAAUACUUGAUGAUGUUUGUAAAGCUUCUGCAUCAUAUACUGUACACAUAAUGAUCUAAUUAAUUUGAUGUGUGAAAGUUAAAGAUCCCAUUUAAGCCAUCAAAGGCCUCCUAUUUUCAAUGAAAAGUAUUAAAAAUAUAUCAAAAAAUAUUACUAAUUAUUUUCUUAUAUAACUAUGCCUGAGAUUAAAAAUGUGAUGAGAUGGAUUUUUUGCCACAGAAUAAAGUAUGCAAUAUAAAUAUCUAUGAGUGGCAGAGGCAUCAAUCUUGACCGUGCACACAUCCAUCCUGUUUUAUGCUUUACCUGUGUGUGAACUUUAUAUCAACUCAUUUAAGAAAAUUUUUAAAUAAAACAAUUUUAAAUUUUUUGUCAUA